AUGUACCAAACUAUUAAAGAACACUACUGGUGGAAUAGUAUGAAGAAGGACAUUGCGAAGUUUACUUCUAGAUGCUUAGUUUGUCAACAGAUAAAGGCCGAGCAUCAAGUACCAACUGGUUUGUUAGAACUCUUGUCGAUACCUGAGUGGAAAUGGGAAAGAAUAACUAUGGACUUUGUUUCUGGGCUUCUAUGCACUCAAAGAAAUCAUGAUGCAAUUUGGGUUGUAGUUGAUAGGCUAACCAAAAAUGCUCAUUUCUUGGCUAUCAAGAUGGACUACCCACUAGAACAUCUUGCAGAAUUGUAUGUUGAGGAGAUUGUGAGGUUACAUAGAGUUCCUGUUUCUAUUGUAUCAGACCAAGACCCAAGGUUUACAUCUAGAUUCUGGACUAGAUUGCAAGAACCUUUGGGCACUAGGUUGAACUUUAGUACAUCUUUCCAUCUGCAGACAGACGGUCAAUCCGAGAGGAUUGUGCAACAAACUGAAGAUAAGGUAAAGGUCAUUAAGGAUCAUCUAAAAAUUGCUUCAGAUAGACAAAAGUCUUAUGCUGAUCUUAAGAGGUGUGAAAUUGAGUAUCAAGUAGGAGAUAAGGUCUUUUUAAAGAUUUCUCCAUGGAAGAAGAUUAUGAUAUUUGGCCAAAAAGGGAAACUUAUUCCUCGAUUUAUUGGACCAUAUGAAGUACUUGAGAGAGUUGGUCCAGUUGUAUAUAAAUUAGCUCUUCCACCAGAAUUAGAUAAGAUCCACAAUGUCUUCCAUGUUUCUAUGCUUAGAAGGUAUGGCUCAGAUCCAUCUCAUAUUCUUCCUGUCGAAUCCAUUGAGAUAAAUCCUGACCAGACAUAUAAUGAAGAACCUAUCCAAAUCUUGGCCCGUGAGAGAAAAGAGCUUAGAAAUAAGAAAGUUCUUUUAGUAAAAGUCCUUUGGAGGAAUCAUUCUGGCAAUAAAGCAACCUGGGAGCGAGAAGAGGAUAUGCAAAUUCCGUAUCCACAUUUGUUUUGA